AUGAUGACAGAAGCUGCCAUCGUUGCGGCACUUCUAUCUCCUGAAAAUCUUACGGAUGACGCUCUCGAUCGCUUGAUAGAUACAGCGCAAGGCUCAGCAAAGGAAAUUAGAAGGCAAAUUGAAAGUCUUUCUGCCCAUAUUGAGACUCUGGAAUUCGAACAUAGCCAGAAGGAAGCAGACAAGGCCCAAAAGGUAGAGGAAGCAGUCGAGACACGCAUCACACGUGCGCAGAAGCCCUCUCCUAGGGCCGUACACAAGGAUAAAGACGUCACUGAUUCUACCCCCGUGAAAGCGGAGGCAGUAGUAUCGGCUAAACUCCUUCGUCAGACAUCACCAUCACUGAGAUCCCAAACACAAGCGAGCCAGGCAGGACCUUUCUCAUUGUCCACUAAACCUACGAAGCAACCUACACAAGCAACGAAUUCAAAGACCGAAUCUGCACCACCGUCUAUUCAACUUGCCACUCAGUCUAGCGAGCCUUCUCAAGUACCCAAGCGAAAACGUCAGGACGAGCUCGAAAUCGAAGGCGCAUUUGACAAUCUCCGCGAAGUCUCAGGCAAACGAAGUCGAAAGCCGCCACAGUACUACCGCAAGAACCAGUCCAGCGGAUCUCUAGACCCUUCACCUACUCCUCCAUCUGCCGUGUCCAGCUCUCGUAAACAAGCUCCCACGACUGAUGUCACACAGGAGAAAGCAGACUCCCAACUUGUAUCGCCACCUGUAAAGGAAAAGCGGGCAACGACACAGAAGUCUACACGUACUAUCACCUCAACUGUAGCGGAAGCUACACAUCAGGCCUCUUCCACCGUCAGUCUAAAGACCAGACAGGCAAAGGCUCAGCUUCCAGCCACCUCGCCAGCCACCUCGGUAGCUCCAAAGGCUCCCGGACUCCCCCAAACCCACCCUCUAAGCUCUCAUAUAGACCAAUCCACUCCGAGUCCUGCCCUCGCCGAUACUACUACUUCCAUCACCACCCUCCACCAACCGUCACCAACCCCCAGCCCCAUCAAACCUGCCCGGUCAAGCAGCCCGCCAGCCUCAACCAUCCCCUCGCAUCCCAUUUCUACUCAACCAGCGCCCCUGCCCACUAAUGACCCCUCUUCCAGUGGCGUUCCUCCACCACUCCGCUCCUCAACCCGCCCCAAGCGCGUCCGCAUCAUCUCCCCCCGCGCCACAACCCCUCACUCACCAAUCCCGGUCUCCGAACCACCAGCACGCAAACGCCAACUCCUCAAGCUCUCAGGACCAAAACCGAUAUUCCCCAGCCUCGACAGCAGCACAAGUAAACGCCGCCUUGCCAGCUCGCACCCCGAAAGCACCUCAACCGGGCAAAAGAGAGUGAAGCGCGUGAAAGUAGAGGCACCAAGCGACGGGGAAGAUGAAGCCGCUAGCAACCUCACCAACAAGCCCGCAGCAAAAGCUUUAAACAAACAUCAAUCACACAAGGUGACCGCGACCUCCCUCUUCCCCGCCACCACCCCUCACGCCCCACCCGCAACAUCCAACACAUCCCACACCCCCUCAGCACGCCCCAACCCCAACCCCAAACCCUCCAAACGCCGCCCCUCAAAACCAUUACGCGGUUUCUCCAAUGCAAAGCAAGGUGACAAACCCAAGACGGGGAAGCGAGGGGAGAAAGAGAAAGAUGCCAAGCGCUCCGAGACAAUGAGGCAGGUGUGGGCGCGACGGCAGGCUGAGGGGACGAACGGGCGGUUUGGAGGGGUACCGGUUGAUAGGGAGGCGAGGAUUAAGGCUGAGGAGAGAGGGUGGGAUGGGUUGGGGAAAGGGGAAAGGGAUGGCGCUGUGGUGAAGACGGAGGAGGGGGAAGGGGGUGAGGGAAGAAUGGCCAAGGGGAGACGAGGGGAUCACGCAGGGCUUUGA